AUGGGUCGAAAUCGAGUUAUGUCGUUCAUGUCCCAGUUCAGGGAUCGAGACUCUGACAGCCCUACUCGAACCCCUCCAUCCGCAGGUCGAGCACGAAGUCGAACAGAAUCCUACACUAAACAAGAGUCUCAAGAGACAGGAAAGUCAAAAGAAUCAGGAAAGGAGCCAUUUCCAACUUCGAGCUUCCAAAUGCCGUCUCAUCAGGAAUCCCCUUCCAGCGAGGCCCGCGAUUCCCCUCAACCUACUCGAACGAGGGAACGUGCCUCAUCCAGACCUAUAUCUAUGGUUCAAACAUUUCAACCUCCGCUGAUGGAUGUGAGCCAAGAUACGUUACCGGAACUACAACCAAUCUUUACAUUCUUAAAUAGUCACAGCAACAAAUUAUACCAGGAAGGAUACUUCUUGAAAUUGGAUGACCAAAACAUACAUGGCAAAGCUAAUGCCGACCGGACCUGGACGGAAUGUUUUGCACAACUUGUAGGAACUAUUCUUUCCUUAUGGGAUGCGGCAGAGUUAGAUGCUGCUGGGCAAGAUGGAGAAGUUCUUCCAAAGUUCAUCAAUCUUACAGAUGCCUCGAUCAAAAUGAUUGAUUCCCUUCCUACUCGAUCACCUACCGAGGCACCUUUGCAAAACGUCCUCAGUAUAUCAACAGCUGGUAAGAACAGAUACCUACUGCACUUUAAUUCACAUCACUCUUUGGUUCAGUGGACUGCCGGUAUUCGUCUUUCCAUGUAUGAGCAUGCAACAUUACAGGAAGCUUAUACGGGUGCGCUCAUUGCCGGCAAAGGUAAAUUACUGAAUAAUAUCAAACCCAUUAUGGAGCGCUCAAGAUCUCAGACCGCAGAUUGGGCCCGGGUAAGAUUCGGCGCUGGAACACCUUGGAGACGAUGCUGGUGUGUGAUUACUCCCCCCGAUGAAAAGGAGUUUCAGAGAAUACAGAAGCAGUCACAGAAGAAGAGGUCCGCAUAUGAUCGCUCCGGACCUCCUAUAUUGAAAGGUGACAUCAACUUUUUUGAUUCGAAGAAAACGAAAAAGGUUCGACCAAUCGCCACAAUCACCGGUGCCUAUUCUGCGUUUGCUAUUUAUCCUCAAUCCAAACCACUCAUAGAUGCUUCCACCUUAGUCAAAGUGGAGGGAUCCAUCACAAUCCACUCAAAUCCUCCUCUAACCUCUGAAGGAUUCGUUUUCGUCAUGCCCGAGGUCCAUCCUGCGGUCAGUGGCUUUGAAAUGAUGCUCCGGUGGCUCUUCCCAGUCUACGAUACAUUUGGUCUAUACGGGCGUCCAGGUCGAUUGGUCGCAGAAACCAAUGAUACUAGAAGUUUGAUGUUUGCAAUGCCAGAACACCGAAGAUAUGGAUACCUGGAGACUCUUGAUGUUUCAGGCCUGAUUUCGGAGGAAGGCAGCGCCAACUGGCUAGAAUCUGAAUGGAGAAGCAGAAUGAAAGAUUUAACGGCCAAGCGUAUGGUAACCCUCAAGAACAACAGCCAAAGGAAUAGCCCAUACGGUAGUAGAAGAAGUCGCAACAGUAUGGGAAAUCCCCGAACCCGCCUUCAGUUUGACGAUGCAGCAUCGGUUAGAUCAUCACCAUCGAUCCAGUUUGGUUCCCGUACGCCGGGAGAUAUUGGCUAUGGAGGUCUCCCUCGAACUGAUUCAGCCCCCGCGGGUGCUAUGGCAUUCCAGCAAUCGAAGACUUCAGCAAUGUCUCACCACAGGUCAAUAUCCGAAACUCAACCACCAGGCCAUCAGGAGAAUCAAAGCCCUGCAGUCUUUGACGGGGCGUAUGAACAUGCUCAUCAUACUGGUCCUAUUUCACGUGAAGGUUCAGGUUUGAAAUAUGUACAGGAUGUUGCAGCCUCUUCCGAACGUCUCAGUUCAGAAGAUGAACAGGCGGCCAACGCAACCCCAGUUCGUGAACUACAGGAUCUGCAAUUCGUUACAACCCCAGAACCCGUUGCUGCACCACCAGCUUUUAGGCAUGCACCCGGAGCAUUACCUCCUAGCAAACCUUUACAAUCACCAGAUCUUCGGAAAGCGAACAAUCGCAUGUCUAGCGCAACACUAUCCCAAUUAGCCGGUGCUGCCGGCGCUGUCGGUACCUAUCAACAGGGCCAAGAAAGACGAGGAACAAAUGCUCAAAGGCAUGGUAGAAUAGAGGAGGAUGAAGAUCAAGGUAGAGGGGUACUGUCAGACGUCACCAGAAAUCACCAUAUGCCUGCUAACCAUAACAUCAUUAAUGAAGGCAUGGUAACAACCUACAAACCUCGUAACGAACAAGAGUCAACUCUUCCCUCGAACCGCGAUCAAAUACCUCAUCGAAGUCAAGAUUAUCAAUCUAACAACAUGUAUUCCAUUUUUAAUUCACAAUCGACCUCUUCAAACGUUAUGCCGCCACCAAAGAAUCCAUCGAAUCAACCAUCGCGUCUGCAGACGAGCCAAAGCAUUUCGAGAAAACCCCUUCCUACACAGCAUGAAAACCAACAAACCCCCGCUUCAUCGCAACCCCCUUCUAGUUCUGGGAGUUUGACCCAGCAUAUUCUUGAUUUAGGCGCUUUCGACUUGAUACUACCUAAGGCCGACGAUUUCAAGCUCCCGCAGAUUCAUAGACACAACAGUGAUUUAAGUAGUAUGUAUGACGACGCUGCAUCCACAGAUACCCCAGAUUAUGCUAGCACCAAACAAUCUGUACGAUCUGUGCGCACGCAAAAAUCUGUCGAAAAGCCGCGAGCAGGUAGGAAGAAGGUCAUUGGUAAUGUCGAAGUCGGGCAACCACUCUAUGGUGACGAAAAUACAUUAUCAAAGGAGCUCAACAUUGAUUUUGGUCCUACAUUUGAUCUCAAUCGAGCACCCGGUCGAAAUACUCCCAGUCCUACCCCUAAACAGAAUCAACUUAAUAAUCCAAGUCCCGGAAAACGUCCAAGUCAUGACAGAUCCCCUAGCGGCAAUGCACUUGCUUGGCAACCCGGAAUGAGUGCGACUGCUGCUAAUAAUACAUUUGGUCGGCAACAGGGCUUGACCCCGGAAGAGUUUGUUCAACAGCGUUCCAUAGUUGCUGCUACCACACCACAAUAUGUACAUCAACGUCAAUCUUCUGGCAAUAUUUUGCGUGCAAGUUCUCCUACGCCAGCCCGCCAUUCACCUUCUCCUACCCCAGCACGAUAUACACCCUCGCCUACACCGGUUCAAGUUUCCAAGCGGUCUAGCGCGCUAUUAGGCCAACAUUCACGCCACAGCUCGGCAGAUUUGUUGAAUUCAAAUGAAGGUUAUGGUCAGAAUCGUCAUUCACGCCGCAACUCAACAGAUUUACUGAACUCUGGCGAGGUAUAUAAUCAACAACAACAUGCACGCCACAGUUCAGCUGAUCUCCUUCGCCCAAGCUCAAGAGGUGCAGCUAGAGCUUUAGGUCCUUCUGGGAAUGGUGUCAUUACAACAAAUCUCUCUGCUCGAGAACAAGCACAUGUUGCGAAAAUUACUGGUGGACCUCUGAUUGCUAUGGCUAAAAACAAUAAACGAGAUAGCAUCGUAUCUACUGGUCUCGUUGGAGCUAUUGAUUCGCGUGAGAAAGAGAAACAAUAUGUCAAGCAAGGAGUCAACUCUCAGUCGGUGCAGCAUGCAAUUGCGCUCCGUCAACAACAGUUUGCUCAGCAGCAACUACAGCAACAGCAACAGCAACAGCAACAGCAACAGCAACAGCAACAGCAACAGCAACAGCAACAGCAACAGCAACAGCAACAGCAACAGCAACAGCAACAGCAACAGCAACAGCAGCAACAGCAAGCUGAGCAGAAUCGUCGCCAGUCGCAAUAUGCUAAUACCAACUUUUCACCAUCGCAGUUUGCAGUACCAAGUAAAAGAGGUUCAUGGAUGGGGCCAAAUGCAAAUGUCUUUCCUCAAUCUGGGGGAUGGACAACACCUGGACAUUCACCCGGUCAGUACCAACCAACUUUGGCGCAAUCACCUGGACAAUAUCAACCAACCUUAGCACACUCACCUGGUCAAUUUCAACCAAAUUUAGCACAAUCACCUGGACAGUACCAACCAACUUUGGCGCAUUCACCUGGGCAAUACCAACCAACCUUAGCACACUCACCUGGAUAUCAAGGAACUCCUCAACAAUACUCGCAACAGCAGCAAUAUUUCCCCCCAAAUCCACCAACGCAAGGAGCGCAAAGGAACUCUGGAUACUACGGAUAG